AUGCCGUUGGUCUACAACACACACCCGAGUCCACCAGCGCCUGCAUCCAUCCCCGCUGGUGGGCCUCAGCAUAUGCACUUUGUCACCACUGCUGCCACUACUGCGACUCCAGCCGUCACAUCGGACUUCGGUGGAGAAUCCGAUCAGAAUGCUAUCGAAAAUGUACCAAAGGACCGAGCGGAACUCAUUAGGCGGCUGAAAGCUAGAAAUGAGAGUCGCAUUUGGUCUUUGAAUACCAAUAAUCUCGAGAUAGACCCGAAGUCGGACGUCCAAGAGACCGAAGAUCGAAAUGGCCCACAAUCAGCGCUACAUUCCGGCAUAUUCGCUCCCGACAGUCGACAACUCCAGCAUCCCCCUUCACCUGUCGCUCCUCACUUCCACAAUCCCUUCCAUAAUCCUCGAAACCAACAUGCCGAAGUUGCACCGACGAUCCAUCACGGUCCUCUUUUUCCUUACGGACAGGAAAAUCAGGGUCGAACAGGCCGUUCAAGGGCACAGUCGCUUUCUGGCUAUGUCCUCAAACACCCCACUUCGCCACUUGCCCUGAACUCGUCGCAGACUGAGACCGACAGCAUCGAUGAAUUCACCAAUCCUAUCGACAUUUUGGACACCCCGCUUCGUACUCGCCGAGCCUCACUAGUGCCCUCUAUUUCUUCGUUACACUCGUCGCAAUCACCUGCACCGCCUUCGUACUCCCGUCACCCAUCCCGCCGUUCGAUAUCCGAUAACUGGUACGAUUCAUUCCCUGUCGCUCCGUCCCAUUCCCGACAAUCAUCCAGACGGCUAUCGUUCGGCGUGGGACUGGGCAGCGACUUACCUGUAGGAUCGUUCGUCGGAUCGUAUGAGGAAUCCAUUCUCAACGGCCGGAUGUCAACUACGCCGUCCAAACCGCUACAGUUCCUUGCACAAAUCGGAGUCCUGGGUCUCGGGAAAUGCAAAGCGUCCCUGAAAUGCCCCACCCACGUUACAAUCCCGUUCCCGGCUUACUUUUACUCUGUGGGAGACUACGACAGCCCGUCACCUUAUGUCGGCCAGAUAGAUCUAGACACCGCUUUGCAGAACCCUGCAAAGCCAUCUAAAAGUUUCCCAGAGGGCGGAUAUCGUAUCCCUCCUCGUGGACAAUUGCAGAUCAUCAUCAAGAAUCCGAACAAGACGGCCGUGAAGCUAUUCCUGGUCCCUUACGACCUGACGGACAUGAAAGUUGGCCAGAAGACGUUUAUUCGUCAAAAGGCAUAUUCCGCGGACGCUUACAUUGAUACUCUUACCAAGCCGGGUGCUGUACCGAUGACACCGGUGACAGCUCAAAAAAUGAGGGAUAAGGAACGGGAAGCUUUACGAUACCUCAUCCACUUGCACCUAUGUUGUCCAUCGAAAGGCCGCUACUACCUUCAUCGCAAUAUUAGAUUGGUAUUUGCGAACCGAGUCCCCGACGGCAAGGAGAAACUUCGAAAUGAACUUCAUCAACCGGAACCAAAGUACUCCCCGUAUAAACCAGGCGCUGAUUCACUAUCAACCCCGCGAAGACGGAGGGGAAGUAGCAUAUCAUUUAGCCUUGCGGCGGAGGAAUUCAUGUUGAAUGAGGAUGCAAGGCAACGGAUGAAUAACUUCAAGUUUGGUGGACCCACGGCUGCGGCUUGUUCUGCUAUUGCAGAUAGGGACGAAGAUGAAGAUGAUAUAUCAAGUCACACGACUGUUAUUGCUAGACGCGGAAAUCAGGGGUUGGAUGCCAAUGGAAGCAAGGAUGCUGAGGUUAAGGAUGAAGAUGGAGAUGUGUCGAUGGGAGAUGACGGGACUACCACUGUUACUUGUGGGUCAUGGGAUAAACUUAGCGUUUAUUCUAUGGCAAGUAGCAGGAGUGACAACAGUCCACAUCAUGGUUUAUUAGCUAUGAAGCUGAAGGGAGUACAACAGGAGAGAGAAGGAUUGAAGAGAAAAAGUUGUGAAAUGGAAGCAUGCGGCGAAGGUGAACCUUUGGAGAAAAAGCCAGAGGUAUAA